AUGAAGUUUACAUUACUGUCAAUAAUCGUGUUGGCGGCCGACGCCGUUCUCGGUAGACACGUCCACCACACUAAAGAUCGUCUUGCUGUCAUAACAAACACAGGAACAUACACUGGAUUGAUCGACUCCAAGUUCCCCAAAACACGGCAGUUUCGCUCUAUCGCAUUUGCUCAGCCGCCAAUCCAGUCACGCCGCUGGUUGCCUCCGCAAAAACUUCCCCUGUCCACAGAGCACUACGAUUCAUACAACUUCCCGCCAUCGUGCCCUCAAUUCGUGUCAAAAAUUCCAACAUUGAACAACCAGUACUUUGCAAAAGGCACUCUUGUCAAUAAUGGCAACCAGAACGACACAUCUGGCCUUUCUGGAGCGAACACGUCUGAAGACUGCCUGUAUCUUGCUGUGUGGACUCCCGCAAACGCAACAAUUCAUUCGAAAUUGCCAGUUCUGUUCUUCAUGUCCGGAGGGGGCUUCUCUACCGGCGGUAUAGAUAUCUCAUACCAGCUGCCAACAGACUGGAUCGAACGUUCGCAGUCGCACCUCGUCGUUACAAUCAACUACCGGGUCAAUAUUUUCGGCUUUCCGAACGCUCGAGGUCUGGCGGAACAAAAUUUAGGGACACUAGAUCAGCGAGCUGCGCUUGAGUGGGUGCGGGACAAUAUAGUACAGUUUGGAGGCGAUCCUGACAAAAUCACACUUUGGGGUCAGUCAGCUGGUUCUAUGUCUGCCGACGCUCACGCCCACGCCUUCUAUGAUGAACCCAUCGCCAGUGCCUACUUUCUUCAAUCAGGAACCGUCUUCACCAGUCCUGCGGUGACCGACACGACUUACUCAAACUUCAGCUUCGUCGCAAAAAAAUCUGGCUGUCAGUUUGAUGAUGACAGUGGUGGGAUUGCAGAGCUGGAGUGCAUGCGCCAGGUGCCGUUCGAUAAGAUUGAGAAUCUUAUCGGCCAGUAUGCAGACAGUGGCCAACAUCCAGCACUCAACUUCAUACCGGUGGUAGAUGAGUCAAUCAUCUUCUCGGACUACGAAGCGCGUGCUCGCGCUGGCAAAGUCGCCCAUCGGCCGACCAUCCUCUCUAAUACUGCCAACGAGAUGUCUUCCAUGGUCCCAUUACCUAGCAAUCUAACAAGGGGGCCAGACCAGGCACUUGUUCUUGCGUACGAUGUUGCCAUGUGGAUAUGUCCGACGUACAACUCAACCAUUGAACGCAGUCGGCUGGGCAUCCCCGUUUUCCGAUAUCAGCACGCGGGGACAUACCCAAAUCUCAACCCAUUCAAAUGGUUGGGAGCGUAUCAUGGUAGCGACGUGCCAAUGAAUUUUGGAACCUACGGGCUUUUGACUACUCUAGCCAAUACCAGCGAAUUCGAGGCUGAAGUCAGCCGAACCAUGCAAGAUCAUAUCCUUGCGUUCGCAAAAGACCCUUAUCACGGCCCGCAGAAGAUCGGCUGGAAACCAAUAGUCGCCAGCAAUCGGUUUAGUGGAGAAAUUAUUCGCUUUGGAGCCAAUGGUAGGGUAAUUCAGUAUGUUAAUGAGACUGAAGUAGAUGGGACCUGUCAGGGAGUCGGAACGUAUAACGCGUUUCCUUGA